AUGACCGACCCUCUACCAGCCCCUGGGCCCUCCAGUUCACAAGCCAAACGCAAGCGCUCGUCCGACAACGAUCCAUCCAAUGGCCUCACUGGGAAGAAGAGCAAGGGCAAGGCGAAAGAGUCCGCCGGCGCCAAGCCUGGAGACCAGCUCGUUUUCCGUGAGCCGCAUGACAUCGAAACCCCGCCUUCCCUCACGAUGGAAAAUGCGACUGGCAUCCUGUCCGAGUACGCUGGCUCCUUGCGCAACAACCUCGCAAUUCACGGAUUGGAAUGGGAUGUCAAGGAGCAUGAUGGCAAGUUUGAGCGGCAGGGGUUCAGCGCAACCAUUACGCUCCCAUUCAACUCCCCCGUCCGCACCGCACAAGGGGAUCGCCAAAAGUCCAAGAAGCUUGCCAAGGCCGCCGCAUCGAUGGACGCCGUGCUCCAGCUCAUGCGCUACGGGGAGAUUGGUACCGACUUUUCGUUGCAUCCCAUGCACCCCGGCCACCGCAAGCGCAAGGAGACCAAGGCCACGGCCGUCACCGAUACCGUACAGAAGAUACGGCACUACCUCACUGGACCCAAGUGGUGGGCAAACACACCGUGCCUCGACGCGUCGAACGCGGCCAAUUUAUUUGGCAGCGUCAUCAAGAUUGAGAUUGAGGGCUUCCCGGACAAGUCUGCCGAGUGCCGCCCCCUUCUGCUUGUCACUUCCCGCCCCCUCCCGUUCGAUGGAGGCAGCUUUGACGUUUCGGGCAACAAGGUGCACUCAUUUGCCCAGCUGUCUCCAUCCUUCCCCCUGAAGAUUCGGCCCAAGGACCUCGAGCGUGCGAUUGCGUACUCAACGGUGCUAUUCAAGGGCGUCUGUCAUCGCACCAUCGAGUUCCACGCCUCGUACGCUCGCUACGUGAUCCUUCCUCUCAAGUGGGCGGCGAUCGUCAACCCUGGCAGGCCUCUCACUCGCGAUGACGUCUCGUGGGGCGAGGUUGUGGAUAGUUGGGAAAGUCCGCUCCAGCCGCUGCGCUAUCGCGAAUAUGGGGAGUUGAAGGCGCAGUGCCAAGGCCGCGUAAUCUGUGGUAAGGCGAGUCGCUUGCGCUGGGUGGUACUUGGAGUGCGCGACGACUUGCGGCCCUCAUCCAUCCGCCAUGGCAACAUCCGCUAUGACACCCUGAGCAAGGGUGAGCGCAAGUUGUAUGGCUACGCGCCAAAUGCUGUCGUGACGGACCCCACCCAGCCGCUGCUGGAUGUCGAGGUGGAGAUCGAGAACAUCGUGACGGGCAUCAUCUCAAACCUCGAAGUCGAGUCUGUCCGCAGAGAACUCGUGCUCCCGGAACUUUUGAAGGUCCACUCUAUUAGCGCCGGCACGUUCCGCACCGCGUCGCUUCUCCCCACCUUGAUCCCCAUGCUCGACACGCAGUUGCUGGGCAUGGAGAUGUCCGAGACCCUAUUCGGCGGCCGCAUCAAGUCUUGCUUUGCACGCGAAGCCAUCACGACUUCGCAAGCUAGACCAGUCGCAAGUUUGCAGGACUACCAGCGCCUUGAGUUGUUAGGCGACAAUGUGCUGAGGCUGGUUGUCGAUUCCUUGCUUUACGUCCACAUGGCCGAGCCAAGCCAGGACGGCAACCUCCCUGGCGAAGGUGCCCUGGUGGCCGCGGGCAACAUUAUCCAACAGAACACGACUCUCACGGCAUGCGCGGAGAAGGCAAAUAUUGACUACUACAUCCGUGGCGUGUACCGUUCCCCCGCAGAAUGGUUGCCUCUCGGAUGGAGUGCACCUGGUACGAACCCCAUGCCGACGUCGGCGAAGCACCAGGACCUAGGCAAGAAGGUGAUGGCCGACGUCACAGAGGCUCUCGUCGGAGCCACGCUGCUCUCGGCCCAGGACGACGUUUUGCAGUUCUUGUCGAACCGGGACGGGCUGGAGCUCGUCCUCGCAACCAUGCGCGAUUUGAAGAUUCCAGCUCCCCAGCUCAAGUGGGCCGACCUGCGCGGCUUGCGGCUUCCUGACAAGUUUCUGAGUGAGAUGCCUUGCAAACCACUCACGGUCCUGGGCUACGCAUUCAAGGAGCCAGCCAAGGGGCGCAUCGCUCUUAGCGCGACGAAGGAGCGCGUACACUUUGAACGAUACGAGCACAUUGGCGACUCGCUUGUUGGCUUGAUGUCGAUGCUCCAUCUCUGGAACGAUUACCCGUUGGCAUCGAACGCAGCUUUGACGAACGCCAAGCAGUCACGGGUUUCAAAUGGCUCUCUCGCAGCUUUCCUUGUUUCGUCGGGCCUCGUCGACUUGCUCACGGACGACAGCUCUGUCACUGCCAGGCAGGCGGCCAAGGUGGCGGCUGGCUUGCGUGCAGCCCAGGCGAAGGUGAAUGUGCUGGACGCCGUGGGACAGCGCUCCGCUUACUGGAAUAGUGUACCGACCAAAAAGAACAUGGCGGACCAUCUUGAGGCUCUGUUUGGUGCCAUCCUCGACGACUCGGACUUUGACCCGCGUCCGGCAAUGAAGGUGUACGACACCUACGUGGCUCCGUUCAUGCGCCAGUACGCGAUCCCGCCCACGGACAGCGGCACGCACCCGCACACGACCCUGCAAGAGAUGCUGGGCAAGCGCAACUGUUACGGCUUGGUAAAAGAACUGGAGAAUGUCUAUGACGACAACCAGAAGGUCGUUAAGUGCAUCAUCACAGUCAAGAUCCACGACCGGGUCGUAGGAGUUGCCGAGGGUCAGACGCGCCCUGUGGCUGAGAGACUUGCGUUCACUGCAGCUGUUGAGCAUGUGAAGAGCAACCGUAACACCCAUCUCUGCAACUGCAAGCGCAAUUAG